AUUCCGCGCUGGGAGUCGCCGCGGCAGCCGCCGUUUCUGUGGCUGCCGCCUAGUGUCUUCGCGCUCCUCCCUUUCCUCCUCCUCUUUCUCCUCCUCCUUCGAGUCCCAGUCAGGGCGACCUGCUCUGCUCACGGGCAGAAAACUAAGACUUAACUUGCUGUCUUCUCUGGAGUCAUAUGGUGACUCUGCAACUUGAUGGACGACGACAACCCUUUUCAAUCAAAAAAUAACCCAAAAAUGGCAGAACUCUUUAUGGAAUGUGAAGAAGAAGAGCUGGAACCAUGGCAGAAGAAAGUAGAAGAAAUUCUGGAUGAAGAUGAUGAUGAGCUGAUUUUUGUUGGAGAGAUAUCAAGUUCAAAACCAGCCAUUUCAAAUAUUUUGAACAGAGGUAACCCCAGCUCAUCUUCAAAGGGAAUAAAGAAUGAGACACUCACUCAAGGUGUUACUGAUCCAUUCAAGCCUACAAGUCAACACUACAAAGAUCCAACAUCAAAUCCAGUGGCUGCCUUGCCUAGAUUUCAUCCUGAAUCGAAAUCUUCACAGAAUUCUGUUAUUGUUCAGAACGUGUCUAAGCCUGAUUUUACAAAGAAUUCAUCACAAGUUGAAUCGGAUGAUUCUUCAGAGUUACUAUUUGACUUGACCCAGGAUACAAUUCCACUGUCCCAAGAGGGAUCAACAAUUUAUAUAGAAGGUAUAGAUCAAACUCUGCCUAUAUUAAAACGUUCUUCUGCUUCUAAAGUAAACAGUGUUACUCCAAAAAAGCCAAAGACCAGCGAAAGUGUUUCUGAAAUAAGUCCUUGUGCUUCAUUGUCUCUAACUAACUCUCCUCCAGUGACAUCUUCCCAUGUUAUGAUAUCAAAAGGUACAAAUACCUCAUCAGCUCACUAUAAAACUGGAACACCUUUUCUAAGAUCUUGUCCAAAGUGCAAUGUAAAGUUUAAUCUUCUGGAUCCUUUGAAAUAUCACAUGAAGCGUUGUUGUCCAGACAUGGUAAAUAAAUUUUUGGAAAUGAUUAAAGCAGAACUUGCAAUUACUGAAAAUAAAAAGACUGGUGCAGAGAAAGGAAAAUUGAUCAUGUUAGUUAGUGACUUUUACUAUGGAAGACAUGAAGGAGCUGUUGAUGAUGAACAGAAGACUUACACAACCUUUAAAUGCUUCAGUUGCUUGAAAGUUCUUAAAAACAAUAUUAGGUUUAUGAACCACAUGAAGCACCAUUUGGAACUUGAGAAACAGAACAGUGAGAGCUGGGAAAACCACACCACCUGCCAGCACUGCUACCGUCAGUACCCCACGCCGUUCCAGCUGCAGUGUCACAUUGAGAGCACACACACUCCCCAUGAGUUUUCUACUAUUUGUAAAAUCUGUGAAUUAUCAUUUGAAACAGAACAUGCUCUUUUGCAACAUAUGAAGGACACUCAUAAACCCGGUGAAAUGCCAUAUAUUUGCCAGGUGUGCCAGUUUAGAUCAUCAACAUUUUCUGAUGUAGAAAGUCAUUUUAGAACAUCCCAUGAAAACACUAAGAACUUGCUAUGUCCAUUUUGCCUCAAAGUUAGUAGAAUGGCAACUCCCUACAUGAAUCAUUACAUGAAGCAUCAGAAAAAAGGAGUUCAUCGUUGUACAAAAUGCAGACUGCAAUUUUUGACCUGCAAAGAGAAACUGGAUCACAAGACCCAGCAUCGGACCUUUAUAAAGCCUAAAGAGCUAGAAGGAUUGCCUCCUGGUACAAAAGUUACUAUUCGAGCCUCAAUUGGACCGCUUCAUUCAAAACCGGUUACAUCAUCUCCCAGUAGUAGUGUUCCAAGCACUUCUUCUUUUCAGCUCUCACCUGUGAGGUCUAAAAGUACAGCUGCUAAAAAUUCCACAAAAUCUAAUCCAAGUAAAUCUAAGACAAGUAAGCUUCAGGCAGCUAAACCUAAUACCAGUAAGCGAGGUAGAGGUGCAUCUAAAUGCAAGACUAAAACCUCUUACAAGCAAAAGAAACAACGCAACAGAAAGAAUAAAAUCAGCAUAGCUUUGAAGAACUUAAGGUGUCGUCGGGGAGUUCACAAGUGCAUUGAGUGUCAUUCCAAAAUAAAAGAUUUUGCAAGCCACUUUUCAAUAUAUAUCCACUGUAAUUUUUGCAAAUACAACACUAACUGUAACAAGGCCUUUAUAAAUCAUAUGGUGAGCUCUCAUAGCGACCAUCCAAGUAAACGGUUUUAUAUUUUUAAGAAGCAUUCUGGAACUCUCAGGGGCAUUACUCUCGUGUGCCUUAAAUGUGACUUCCUAACUGAUUCUUCUGGUUUAGACCGUAUGGCUAAACACUUGUGUCAACGUAAAACUCAUACUUGCCAAGUUAUAAUAGAGAAUGUUCCCAAAAGUACCUCAACUUCUGAACCCGAUUCUGAACCCACUUCUGAACUCAGUUCUGAACCCACUUCUGACCGCUUGUUGAAAUAGAUUCCUGCUCUAUGGAGCUCGUGCAACCUGGUGCAAGACAAGUUGGAAUUUCCUAAGUUCAAAGUUCUGAAGUGUUUUCUUAUACAAAGGCAGUUUCCUAAGUUCAAACUUCUGAAGUAUUUUCUCACACGAAGGCGGUUAAACAGCCAAGUUCAUGACACUAGCUCUGAUUCAGCUCUUUUCAGCUUUCAGAUGGCACUAGAUUCUUAUUCCACCUUAUCUUUGUGUCAGGUUAACAUAUCUUAACAUAUGCUUUUUUCUCCAGUUGGCUCUCUCCAAAAAUAACUUUUGUUGCUAUGGUCUUUUUUUGCUUUGCUUAAAAUAAUUUGUGUUUUUCUCUGCUGUACUUCCCUUCAGAAUAUUGCAUUCCAAAUGAUAAUGGCUAUUCAUUUUCUUUGUCUGUUUUGUCUGGUUUCUUAGUUAAUUUCUUAUGAGUCUUACAUUUUUAGGUCAGAUAGCUGUCUUUUUCCUCUUUCCUUGUCUGUCAUUGUUCUAUUUUUCAUAUUUUUCAGAUGCAGAAGCAACACAGAAAUUUCAAAAAAUGUCCAGGAUACUCCUGGUCAGUGUCCCCCUUCGAUGGACACAACUGAUGCCUGUUCUCUCUUUCCAAGGAAUGUGAAUUAUUUGACUGUGAGACCUCCUCUAGAUUGCGGCCUUAAGAAAUCAGACCUUGGGGAGAGUCCCUUCCUUCAUGACUGGCCUCCCAUAAGGCUGAUGCUAAUUUGGCCAGAGAUGACCUCAAGGCCCACCAAAUUGAGCACAACUUCCCACUGGGGGCUUUGGUUUUUGAUCUUAUGCUUAUUGGGUUCAUUCUAACCAAGAAAGACCCAUCAAAUCAUUGCUUCAACAUCCAAGUUGAAGUUUAAUCAUUUUGGCUGCUGCCCUUUAAUCUUUGUCUAGUUUGCAUGCAGUCCAAGGAAUAUAAAAACUGGUUGUGUAGGGAACCAAGGUUACUUUCAUGUUCUUGGAAAACAAGUUUCUAAAAUUACAGUUCCAAAGUUAUAGUUAUUUGUACUGUCAUUUGAAGUUUUAUCCAGUAUUAACCCUAGGAGUUUUCAGCAAUACUAAUAUUCAAAUUUUUUAAGUUUAAUUUUAUCUUGGUUUUAUGUUGUCCUUCACCAAAUUUAUUAAUGUGUGUUUUGUUAUGUCCACUUUUAUCUCUUCUCUUUAAAACUUUCGUUUUGUGUUUGUUUUGUUUUGUUAAGAACCUCAAGAAAUUCUUUAGAAUUCUCUACAAAUUUCAUGUAGCUACUUAUUGAUGGCUUCUAGAUUUGGUAAUUAUUCAGACCAUUAGACAUUAUUACAUCCUCUGUCUCUCUUGGGACUAUCAUUAUCUUAGUGAUUAUCAGUUCAAAGACAUAAAUAAUUGGCAAAAAAACACUUCCUACAGACCUUAAAACAAAUUUUAAAGCUAUGUUUCUGUACAUCUAAUACAUAAUAUCUUCUUAGCCAUUAAUGUAAUUCCUUUGGAUAAAGAUAAUAUAUUCAGAAAAUAUUGGGACCAAAAAAUGCACUUGUUUCUUGCCCAUAUAUAUAUAGAUGUAUAUUUUUUUUAUUUUGGUGUUUGUUUAUUUUGGUUACAUUGAAUAUAGAUUUGCUGAACAGUUUGAUGUUAUUACUUAUUUUUUUAAUAAAAUUUGUAUUGGUA